AUGCCAUACUUCAUGACGCUGAGACCUGAUAUCAUGCCAUACUUCCUGACCCAGAGACCUGAUAUCAUGCCAUACUUCAUGACGCUGAGACCUGAUAUCAUGCCAUACUUCCUGACCCAGAGACCUGAUAUCAUGCCAUACUUCAUGACGCAGAGACCUGAUAUCAUGCCAUACUUGCUGACGCUGAGACCUGAUAUCAUGCCAUACUUCAUGACGCAGAGACCUGAUAUCAUGCCAUACUUCCUGACCCAGAGACCUGAUAUCAUGCCAUACUUCAUGACGCUGAGACCUGAUAUCAUGCCAUACUUGCUGACGCAGAGACCUGAUAUCAUGCCAUACUUCAUGACGCUGAGACCUGAUAUCAUGCCAUACUUCAUGACGCUGAGACCUGAUAUCAUGCCAUACUUGCUGACGCUGAGACCUGAUAUCAUGCCAUACUUCAUGACCCAGAGACCUGAUAUCAUGCCAUACUUCAUGACGCUGAGACCUGAUAUCAUGCCAUACUUGCUGACGCUGAGACCUGAUAUCAUGCCAUACUUCAUGACGCUGAGACCUGAUAUCACCGCCACGCAGCGUAGGAUUGUGGGAGUCCCAGGCGAGAGACGGAGCGCUUUUUGA